AUGGCUGAGACAGCUCCAGUUGCUGCUCCGGACGUUGUUGCUACUGCUCCGGCUCCGGCUAAGGCUACCGCUACCAAGAAGCCUAAGAAGGCGGCGGGCAGCACCAAAACGCGCAAGCCGGCGGGCCCCAGUGUCACCGAGCUGAUCACUAAGGCAGUGUCUGCUUCGAAGGAGCGGAAAGGGCUGUCUCUCGCUGCGCUCAAAAAAGUGCUGGCUGCUGGCGGCUAUGAUGUUGAAAAGAGCAACAGUCGUAUUAAGCUGGGGCUCAAAAGCCUUGUCAGCAAGGGCACCCUGGUGCAAACCAAGGGCACGGGUGCCUCCGGCUCUUUCCGCCUCAGCAAAAAGCCGACAGAGAUAAAGGAAAAGACUUCUAAAAAGCGGGCAGUGUCUGCCAAGACUAAAAAGCCAGCAUUGAAGAAGCCGCCUACUACUGCUAAGAAGCCUAAGAAGGCGGUGACAGCGAAGAAGAGCCCUAAAAAAGCUAAGAAGCCAGUAGCUGCUGCAGCAAAGAAAUCGGCUAAGAGCCCCAAGAAGGUGACUAAGGCAGCCAAGCCUAAGAAAGUGGUGACAGCAGCCAAGAGCCCUGCCAAGGCAAAGGCGGCGAAGCCUAAAACGACCAAAGCGAAGAAAGCAGCGCCCAAGAAGAAGUAA